AAACAAGAACGGUACCUAAGCCCUUCUGGGACCAAUUUAAAUAAGUUUCUUUGGGAUCUCUUCUCAGAAGUGGUCGUUUCCUGUAGGUAGUUUAUUAUUUUUAUAUUGUAUAUAAAAUUUGACGAAUUUCUGAAUGUUUUGACUGUAAAUACCUCUCUACCACUCUAUACGCGGCUUUAUCUUUGAGACGGGCGGGCCUCGGCUCGCGCCGCCAUUCUGGAUAUUUUGACGGGAAGGUCGGUCACGUGACACGGCGACGGGUGAGGGGCGCGGGGCGCCGGCUAGACUCUACAGUAGCCGAGCCAUCCGUCUGCUGCUUUGACUGCGGCCAGUCGCCGGAAUCUACGCCCCAGUCUCAGACUCUCGCCCUUAUUGCGUAUCGUUUCUUUCACAUGUCUCUGUCGAUUUGUGCUCGAAAUAUUUAUUCAAUCAAUGGAAUGCGUCUCUAUAUUAUGUGUUUCGACAGAAUCUGUGAAAAAAUACGCCCGGAUCCUUGAUAUGUCAGCAUAAUUUUCAUAUUUUUGCACGGGUGUGCGAGUGGCGACGGGGCGGAGACGCCGCAAGCCGGCGGCGUUCGCUCGGCCCGGCCGUCGCGACGGCUCAGCGCUCGUCAGACAUGUUUCGAUCGCGGUCGCAGAGCGUCGCGCUCGCCGGCGCGUAGGUCGGUCGUGACAUGCGCCUCUCGAGGUCCAGCAACGGUGGGGGUGACCGAAUAUGGAUGUAGUGACGCCGCACAUCACCUCCGUGCUGAAGACGUACCAGGCCAGCGCGCCACGCAGCCUGCAAGGGCCCGGCUGCGGGCGCGCGGAGCGCGAGUGUGGCGACGCGCCGCCGCCGCCGCCGCCGCGCGCGCCGCCGCCCAUCCUGCUGGCCGCCGACCCCGUGCUGGGUGAGCGCGGCGAGACCUUGCUGGAGGGAGAGCCCAUCUCCUGCUUCAGCGUGGGCGGCGAGCGGCGGCUGUGUCUGCCGCAGAUCUUGACCUCGGUGCUGACCAACUUCACAUUGGAGCAGAUCAACCGCGUGUGCGAUGAACUUCAGAUAUACUGUUCGCGGUGCACGCCCGAGCAGCUACACGAGUUGAAGUCGACGGGCGUGCUGCCGCGCUCGGCGCCGUCGUGUGGGCUGAUCACGCAGACGGACGCGGAGCGGCUAUGCGCAGCGCUGCUGCACGCGCCGGCGGCCUCCAGUCCGCACAAGCUGCCCGGGUUCCGGGUGUACCACGAGUGUUUCGGUGGCGGACGAGGGGUGUGCGCGCCCGACUUGAACCUAGUGCAGUGUUUGGAGUGCCGGUCGUUGUACACGCCGCGCCGGUUCGUGUGCCACUCGCACGAGGCGGAGCACCGCACGUGCCACUGGGGCUUCGACUCGUCGCGCUGGCGGCGCUUCCUGCUGGUGGCGGACGAAGAGAAGGAGAAAGAUAAAUGUGCGGCGCUGCUGGACGACCUGGUCGCGAAGGAGGCGGCGGCCGCGUCCGCCGUCGCGCCGGCUCCUAAACACCAACUCAGUUUGAAAAGAAAACAGGUGGUUGAGACUGUGGUCUGCAAGCCGGAGCCGGCUGAGUCGCCGCCGAAGAAGGCCCGGGGCGACGACUGCAGCUACGCCCUAUACCUAGACCCUUACGCGCAGCUACACUACCAGGCAUUAUCCGCCUUCCGCCCUUGGGGCAAGCGGGAGCCUGUACUACAGAACCCUGAAAGGGUGGUCCGCGUCGCGCACUGCGCAAGAUUCCAAAGGGACUUCCAACCGAAUGUAGCUCUGAAACCCCUGACCCCGCCUGUCGAUGACGUCACAUCUUCGACCUCGCCUCCCCCAACCGAGCCCGAGCUCACGGCCAGGCUACUAGACGCCGAGGCUCGGCUGGCGGAGCGAGCGCGGAGACUCGACGAGAGAGAGGCCGAGCUGGUUCGCAGGGAAGCCAUGCUCAACGAGAGAGAAGCGGAGCUCGCGCGGCGGGAAAGGGAGGAGAAGAGCUCAGCACCGAACGCUUCCCCGCCGAAGCAGAAAACCGAGCCGCCAUGUUGACCAACAACGGUCAUCAUGAGGGUGGUCAAGUGACUAGCGAAUGCUCAGUGACAUUUGUGUCCACAGUACAAAACGUUCGGAAAUGACAGCUGUAAAUAAGUUUCCAAUACACUUUUCUCAAUGGGAUCUGGGACUAGAUUUAGAGACUCGCUCGUUUGUACAGUGAGCGACACAUCACAUGUUUAAUCAGUUCUACAACGGACCUUGGCUAGACGUUACAAUAGGUGUAUGUACAUAAUCAUAUCAAGUACAGUUUUAUGACAUUAUUGUUUAUACAUAUACAGUUUUCUUAUAGUCUCUUCAACGUGUGCCAUUCUGUAGGUACCUCUGUUACCUUUCAUCAAACCUCAGUCUGUGCUCUUUCAAUAAUUAACGAAAUACUCACAUUAAUAUAGUGAAAUAGUUAUAAAUAAACCAUAAGCAUAAUUUAUACAGGGUUAUUUUUAAGGUUUUCGUUUUGCAAUAUGUACGGUAUUAUAUUCAUUUAAGUUCUCCCUCUCUCAUAUAGAUGAAACAUAUUUUUAUUUGCAGAAGUACACUCUGAACAGUUGUGAUGAUAUUUGUUUUGUGUUAUAACUAAAUAACUCUGUAUAAACCUCAACAAUACCAAAUAAUAAUUCAGUAUAAUAGUGUAUCCACGUCGUCAUGCCUCCAAUUUGUUUUAAAAUAUUUUUGGAACUGAUUCGUAGCAAUUUCAUAGAGGCACGUGAAGAUUCGACUUCACUAAGUUCAGCUGUAAGGCCUUUUAAAACAUGUAAGUGACGUCUUAGCAAACGUAAUUAAAAUUUUACAGGCCUGCAGUUCGACUAGUGUGAACACUCUUUGUAUAAAAAGUGGAUCUUGUAUUUUUACAUUAGUCCAGACCGUCAAAUCUAAAAAUUAAGGGGGUUAAUCCCGCAUUCUACCUCAUUGUAAUUAUAAAAGAAAUUUGGCUAAACUAAUAAGUGUUAUAAGCUGAUUAUAAUUUUAGACUUUGAUUUCGAGUCUAUACUAUUGAGCAAUAAUUGUCUAAACGUGUAAAUUGACACUGCCUGAAGUUUGUUAUCGAUCUGUAUUCUUUUAAAUUAUACGUACCGGUAGCUAAUAUACAGUUUACAGUAGUAAGGUAUAAUGUAAGAUGUUCCAUCUUAUUUGAACAGCCUCUUGCAGAUUGAAUAUAACUGGCAACAAGAAAUAAAUAGUAAUAUUUAUUUGAAAAUCGAGCUGCCAAAUUUAAAAUAACGUAUUUAAUUUGCAUUUCGUGUUAUUACAAAUACGUAUAAACGAAAUAGCUGUUCUGUUAUAUGUAACGGUUAGUCCUGGUGUAGGUUUAAUAAAAUAGGUACAUAAACACAGUUUUCAUCUCGGCGCUUGACAUAACUAAUUAAUUCAAAGGUAACAUUGGUUUUAUAUAAACUCAAUGCCAAAUUCGAUAAUUUUGUAAUAUCAAUAACUAGGAAAUGAAAAUGGUUAUUAUCUUUCGCCAGUAGAUGUGCAUUUUCUUUAGUGAAAUAUUUUUGACUGAAGUUUGUGACUAUGUAGAAAAAUGCGUUGUGUAUUUUCGUGAUAACUUGAUUCUUUGGCGAUUAAGUGUAUUACUUUAGUUCUUUUAAGCCUAUUUCAAUAUAGUUUGAAAUACAUCACAACUACAAUAGUAUCGGCGUUUAGUUUAAAAUUGGUUUAUGGGGAUAAAAUUAAAAAAAUAAAAAAAAAACAUUACUAAGCUUAUUGUAAAGCUGUUUUCACGGAUUGGAAUUAAUUGGCGGGCUUUCGUUAGCGCAAUAUAAUUGUGAAAAUAUUAUGUGGAAUAAAAUUUCACUAUUAAAGUGACUGUUUUAUCAUUGGCAAAGCUCAAAUUGUAGAAAAAAUUGUUUAUCUUUCAAUUAUGUGGUUUUUUUUUCGUUUUGAGAGAGUGCUAUGUUAAAUUUGUAGGUAGGUAGUUGUUAAAAAAUAAGAUUUUGGACUUAGGUUAUUAAUCUCUAGUCAGAGACUUUUUGAAAAAUAAAUUACCAUUUACUUAUUAAUAUAUAUAUAUAUAUAUUAUUAAUCUAUUAGGUACAUAACCAUAAGCGAGUGUAAUAAAAGUAACUUAUUGUUUAAAUAUUAAAAAUGUAGUGUGUAGGUUCCUUAGAAAUUGACUGUAAUGUCUUUUAUAUAUAUUUAUGUGUUUUAAGUUAUACAUUUAUUAUAAUUCUGAAACUUUUCUAUCAGUACUCUGUUGUUGAUACGUAUUUUGGUGCUAUGAUAUUUUGGCUUGGCUAACGUUAUAUUUAAUUUUACGAUGUAAAUAAUUAUCAUUUUAAAAUAGUUUGUAUUUAUUGGCAAUGUUUGGUUUUUUUUUAUUGAAAUUGGUUUUUUGAAAACUUUUUUGUCGGAUUUCUUAGAAAUACUUAUGAUUCGCAUAGUGAAAUGGCUUAGCCGUUGGUAACCUAAAAUUCGCUUUAUUCGCGUAGGUUAUUUUUUAUAUAGUGUGCUUGUAUCGAUGGAAAAGUUUCAAAAAAACAUCACGCCUCACUGUCUCGGCCACAAAUAAAUGGUGCUAAAUAAAUACCUAAUAAAUUUAAAGUGACUUUCUUUUUCUAAACACGUUUAAUUCACAUUUUUAAAAAUUAUUCCUGUAUUCUCACUUGCAAUGUCGUCGAAUGUAGAGAGACAGUGAGCCGUGUGUUUGUCUAUGGUGCGAGGAAGUCAGGCUGUAAUUUUUUAAUACUUGUAAAACACGCAAUGGAACUGUCUCUAUUUGUAUUGUUUUUGCCAUAAACUGAUUAAAAUAAUCUAUCAAUUUUAAGUAUGUACGCAUCACGACUUUGGCAUAAUUAGGAACACGAUAUUCUCACAAUCAAGCCUACUCUUAAACAUAAGAAAAAAUGACAAAUGCAAUCAAUAGUUGUACAAUAUACAUAAAUAAUAAUUUAGAACCUCACAGAUCCUAAUUAUGCCAUUGUUUACCCGCCAUAAAAUGAAGAUUCAGUUGCAUAAGGAACAGAAGACUAGCGUGGUUGGUGAUUUGCCAGGGUAUAUAGCAUACUCCUGUGAUCUCAAUGUAUGAUUGUUAAUUACUUAAAUACAUCCGUUUUUAAAAUGAUGGUGUGAUGGUCGCAAAUUCUAAUUGUUAAUUCAUUGAAAAUGGUACCUGCCAUAUGUCGUCACGAUAACGUAGUUUUCAUCAAGAUUUUCCCAAAUGUUAAAAACAACAAUUUUUUGGGGUUUGCAUGACGAUGAAUAGAGGUGACGUCACAUUUAUCGAAGUCAAAACGAGUUCCAAAUAAACUUGGUUAAUUAGAACUAAAGAAGACCAAGUCGUGCAAUAAAUAUGAUCAAUUGAAUGCAUUUAUGAAAUUUUUGAUGCAACCACUAUUGUUUGUUUGAGGGAACUCCACUACGACUUUAGAAGUAGGUAAAACAGCAAAAAAUUUGCAUUGUGCAUAUUUGAUAUCAAAUGUAAAAUUUUUGCUUUUGUGGUGAAUAAAGCUGUUUUGUUGUUGUCUUAAUAAAACAGUGCCAAUUUUCCGAAUGGUGUUGCGUCCGAUGUCAUUUCUGAUCGUAACCCCUACUGCUUAGUCUCUGAAGGUGACAUUGCAUGGUACAUUUUUUUUGCAAUUUUGGUUUUUUGUAAUCACACACAUAACUAUUUAACACAGACAAAUUCAAGUACACAUUAUAUUAUUACGUUUUUGUGUAGUUGCGGUGGAUAGGUGAUGUUUUGUGCCAAUCAUAUCGCGUGUGGAAGAAAAUGCGAGGCUAAAAGCAGUAGGUGUUAUAUAAGAAAUUGCAUAUUAAAUGUAACAAUAUAACUUUAAAGAAAAAAUAAAGAUAUUGGACAGGUACAUGAUUAAUGUUUAAAGGCUUUGGAGUUAAUUUCCUCAUCAGGUUUAUUAAAUCUAAAUAACCAUCGUAAUUUACACAUACCUUCAAUACCGGUGCUUUUGAAAGGACUUCACAAUCGUCUGACAAGAAUCUGUUGGCAUUUUAGAGGGGGCGCCACCUUCGUUUUAAAUAACAAAUUUUAAUAGCUUAUAAAUUAAUACGCUUUUUUACCACGCGCCAAAUGAUUCUUGUCAGCUCAGAAAGUAGAUAGAGAUAUUUUUAAUUUUUUCUGUAUCUACGAUCUAAGAAAUUGUCAAUCAUGACCAAUAUACAAAGGCCGGUCCUUCAACGUCGAAAAUUUUCAUUGCUAAACACUAUUGAAGUGUAUGUGUAUGUAUGUAUCAUUAUUGUAAUUAGUUUCUAGUUAGAUUCAUAUUGAUUUUUAAGGAUUUUAAAUAGCUUUUUAUUGAAAUGAUCCAAAUGUAUGACAACAUAAGUAUGGAAUAUGUCAUCAUCGUAAUACAAAUCUAAAGUUACAAUGCUGUUAGAUAAUUUCAACGCUGACAACAACAACGUGGCCAAUCUGUCUGAUAGUGCCACAUAUUGCCGUGUGGCUUCUUUCAUAGCGCGGAUACUAUUUGAAAUUCUUACUUUCCCGUAUUUAGGUAUUCUUACUUCCCGGUAGGUAGUUAUUUCAUAGUAAUUAUAACCCUAAAAUAUGUUUAACAAUUUAAAUUGUAUUUAAAUUUUCAAUGAAAUUAUGUUAUCCGAUUUAUUUUUGACAGUCUGAUGUUUCGAUGCUUUCACUUCAGUUUCUAACAGAAUUAAAAUUACUUACGUCUACAUGAAAGGAGUUUAUGUUUAACGUCAGCACCACACUGUCACCGAACUCAGACACAUGCCGACGCAAAUUCGUUACCAUUGCGUAGUUAGUAUGAGUGAUUUUAUUUAUCGUAAUAAAAAACUAGCAAUGUAUACCGAAUCCGCAAAAGUUUGAUAAACUGUUCGACGACAGCGUGGAGCCGUCGCAGAGUUCGAAUCGAAUGUUAUUGAUUAAUUCAAAUUAAUUACAAAAGUUUGAUUACAAGUCUUGCCCAAAUUGUCACACCGGCUCCCUAGAUGGCGGUAGUUGUAAUAUAAUUUAAAUAUUUUAAGGAAUUUUAUUCAAAAUCUUUUGUAACAAAUACCUAUUUAGAUUUCUUUUAUGAUCGCAUACACCAGCUUAAUUAUGAAUUGUGUGUUUAUAUCAGAAUUUGUGUUGUUAUGAAAAGAACUUUGAAUUAAGAUAUUCAUGUUGAAUUUUAUUAAACCAGAUUGUAUGAAAUUGUACCUGAUACCGAUAAAUUAGAGUUAUAAGAUUAUAAAGUAUAAUGAAAUAUAACUUAAUGUUCUGUUAUGCACACACAUGUUCGUAACGUGUGGUUUCGAAAUGUGUUUUUACUUGAAAAUAAAAAGCUUGUAAGUACCUUGUGGAGCAAUAAAAUGAAUGAUUUCCA